GCGAAUGAAGGUUUUCCUCCUUCUCCUCCUGCGGGAAAUGAGUCGAUUUCGUCGCGGCUAGCGAAUCAUUCCAAUUCAUUCAUUCGCGUAUGUGAUUCAGUUGCGACUGGAAGUACUGAUAACGCACCACGCAAAUUCAGAAUAAUUGUGUGAAACACCGAAAAGGAGUUUACAAGUGUGAGUCAUCGCAAAGUUGAAAUAACACGUCAAAAUGUCUCAUUCAGUGACAGUUACAAGAACAACAACGACAACAACCACUUCUGCUCUUAUCAUCAACACAGGGUAUUUGAAAACAUGGCCUGGAUUAUUAAAACUCUUCCAAACCCUUUUGGGAAUAGUCGUCGUUGGAUUGAUUUCCUACUAUUAUAGAACAGCGAGGAUUGUUUCGCACACCGCAGAAACUUUUUAUCUGCUAAUGGCGGUGACUUUCCUCGUCGGCACGUUUCUCAUUCUAGUUUCGUGCAUAAUUUCCAUUUCAACCGCUUCGAUUAUAUCCAAAACUAUUUUUGAAGUUGUUUAUCAUACGGCAGCUGCCAUUAUGUACAUUGCCGCCAGUGUAACCUUCCUUGUCGAAGUGAAUCGAUGGAAUAAAAACUACAGCGAAUAUGAGUCGUACAUGGCUGCUGGUGUUAUUGGUUUGGUCAUCAGCAUCCUCUACGUCCUCAGCGCAUAUUUUGCGCGCAAAUCAUACCGUGGUUUGUAAACCAAUCAAAAAACACUUAAAUUUACACCUUAAAUAUAAUAAGAAUUGAAUGUGCCUGAAUUUUACCAUGUAUUUUUUACCAAGUUUACUUUAUACAAGCAAGCAAGAAAAUAUUUAUCUAUAGGACUUAAAACUCAUCAUAUAUAAACUGCUUUACGCUUAAAAAAUACAAAUUACAAAUUUUUACAGACAUAUUUUUUUAUAAACUUAUUGAGAUUAUAUCUGCAAGUGACGUACGGGUAUAAAUACUAUAAACAAUAGAAUGUGGAGCAUAAAACAGCAAUAUUUUGAUAAUUUGACAAAACUAUGUGUUCUAACAGCUUAAUAAAUUUAUUUUGUAUUUAAUUAUAUAUAAGUUAUGUUUAUAUUGUUGAUAAAUUAUGAAUUUUUGAUUUAAAAGUUAUAAAAAGUCAAUUAAUGGAAAAAUUGUAUUAAAUGUCUUCGAAAAUAUGCAAUAUAUUAACUACAAUCGAAAUUAUUUAUCAAAUUUAUAUAAAAAAAUGUGUAUAACAAUUAUUAGACGUAUAUAAUUGGAAUAUUGUAAAUUUUAAUCUAUAUUUGUAGUAAUUGUAACUAAUCUUGUUUAUGAUUUAUUUAUUUUAAAUGUGCGGUUGUAAUGUUCAUUCAAUAUACAAUAUUUAUAAACGUAAAA